AUGACGCUCUGUAUCACGUGUUCAUAGGAAAUACACUCGCUAUAAUUUUUUUUGGAGCAGCCUCGUCCUGCACCGCCGACCAUAGUUGUUUUGCAGUCUUCAUACAGUGUAGCGGAGGGGUGGAAAGGUAAUGUAAUGUAAUGUACCUUGCCGUGGUCACUGACGGGUUCACGCCAGUUCACCGGGUUCACUUGAGGAGAGCUCCCACCCCCAGCUCGCCUCCUCUUCUUCUCAAAGCGCAGCGAUCGGAGCUAAUCCAAUAUUAUUCAUUUAUAUAUUAAUGUCGGAUUCCAUUUUUUCCCACCGACGGCUGAGGUUCCCCGGGAGCUGUUAAACUUGUCCAUGUGGCAGGAGUCCUAAAGUGGCAGAAGGCAUGAAGCAACACUGUGAUAUCAUAGUGGCUGGUCCAUGACACUAAAUUCCAUUCAACCCUCUCCACUAUCCACCCGCCCUCUGUUCUCAUCACACCGGACAACCAAUCACUCACGCUCCCAUUUACACAAAGCUGCACCAUGGCCAGCAAGAGGAAAUCCACUGUACCCUGCAUGAUACCAUCCAAAUCCAAACAUGUGCGUGAGGAAAUCAUACUGGGCUCGCUACCAGAACUCCUACCAACAAUCCCAGAAGAUAGCAUACUCAGCAUCUCUGGAGAAGAAUCUGGGCAUUUCUCUCACAGCUCCUCCAAAUCUGAAAGUGGCAGUGAGAUGCAGAAAGGAGGCACGUACAGCUGUCUGACUUGCCGUUUCGAGUCCAGAGAUCUCAACUACUUUUUGGAUCACAUGCACAACUGCCACUUAGACUUCAGGGCCCAGCCCACCUUCUACUGCCUGAACUGCGGGGUGUCAGUCGUCCGCUUCGAGGCUCUCGCGCUGCACAACGCCAAGGCCCACCCGAAGAUAAUGCAGGGCCUGGUUACUGCCUCUCUAGCCGUCAACAAGAGGGAUGGCGUAACAACUGUGGAGCAAAGCCUUUUCACAGACAGCGGAGAAGACUACAGAGAAUCUGGGAUCUCUCUCACCAAAACACCAAUUGCAAAGAUGAUGAAAGCCAAGGGGGAGCACAAAAAGAUUGUGGUUUCUCACACUGUGGAGGUACGGAAGAUUGACACUGGAAAGGAUGUAGACCCCAGCAUGCUGACAAAUGUGCCUGAACUCCAAAACGGGGCUCUCAGUAUUUCUGGUGCCCCAGCUAUGCCGAGGACCACUGUCACUCACGUGAUUGCGACGACAGUGUCCAACCAAGUCUUUCACCAGCACACUCCCUCCCUUUACUCUCCCCCCUCCUCUGAUUCCAAUAAAGACCUUCCAAAGGUAAUGAUCCCCCUCAGCAGCAUCCCCACCUACGAUGCCGCCAUGGACACCAGCAGCUUUCUCAAGACAUCCUUUGGCAAGUUUCCCUACCCGACCAAAGCAGAGCUCUGCUACCUAACAGUGGUGUCAGAGUUCCCCGAAGAGCAGAUCAAACUGUGGUUUACUGCCCAACGACUCAAGCAGGGCAUAAGCUGGUCUCCUGAAGAGAUCGAAGAGGCCAGAAGGAAGAUGUUCAACACCGUGUUCCAAGGUGGAGCACCACAGAAGCAACCGACCACACCACGGCACGUCAAUCACAUCGUAACCCACCACACUGUAACUGCCCAUCCAGGCUCAAAAGGACCAAACUUUCAGAUGGCCAAAGUUCCGUACAGUGGUGUAAAGGCCAGGUCUGUCGGAGUCAUAGCCACACAGGCCAGCAUGUCAACCAACCCCCACAUUACCCGGGUCUCGUAUUCUACUCCGGUUGUCCCCCCAAAGUUCCCCUCUGUAGUCAGAACUACACAGGUACUGACCAAGAAUACUGAACCCACUGUGGAGCCGGAAAAGAGCAACGGCCUGGACAUGGCUGGGAGCAGCGGUUGCGUCAGUAGCACCAGCAACAUUCGAAGCAGCAGUAGCAGCAGCAGUUGCAGCAGUAGCAGCAGCAUCAGCAGCUAUUCCAGCAGUAGUAAUGGUGUUGACAGUUUCACCAGGAAACCGGUGCACAACAGCGGCCCAGCCAACGGCAUCAACAGCAUUGCCACUUGCUCUGCCAACAUUAGCAAUAAUGAUGAGCACUGUGUUGCUGACACCAACGGCAAACCAAAUGUCAAAAGCAACAGUUUACCAAUCGGAUCAGAAGGUUCAAACAGUAACAAGAGUCAAGAGUCCAUUGACAACACCAGCAAAUCUAACAUCACUUGUAACAAUCAUGACAGCAGCAUCAUCAGUGCACAAGAGCCAGCCCACGCCUCGAAGCCCGACGAUGAUCAAAACAAUUACAUCCAUGUGACCAACAACAGCAGUAUUAGCAGCGAAUAUCCCAGUACUACCUGUAAUGACAGUGUCCCUAACCUGAAUCAUGCCAGCAAAUCCCUAACUGAAAGCACCAGCACCACUGUCAUUACAAAAAGCAACUCAUCCAUUAUUGAAGAAGGUAAAAGCAACAAAGACUUUCCCAUCAAAGGCAUGUCAAUCUUACAGCAGCUCAUUAAGGAGGAGGACGCAUUUGCCGGGGACAAAAGCUGCCCCGAGCUCAAGCUUGACCCCAUCAAGAUCAACUUCAAGAGGCUGAAGAUGACUGAACCAGAGGCUACAUCAGAGAAUGCGCAUCAAGAACACAAGUCCGAAACUACGGAGGGGUCGGCUUGUCAGGCGUCUUUUUCUCCCCCCUGGGGCAACAAGACCCCGCAGCAGUUGCACAUCCUCCGGCAGGUUUUCUCCAACACCCGCUGGCCCAGCAGCCAGCAGUACGAGGAGCUAAGCAUCCAGACGGGCCUUCCUAAGUCAGAGGUGGUGCGCUGGUUCAGCGACAGCCGGUACAGCCACAAGAACGGGCAGCUGAAGUGGUUGGAGAAUUACCAGCGGCCACCCGUGGAGUCGGAGGAUGCAAGGGGUCACAGAGAUGCAGAGCUCGAGCCACCCAAGGACGCUCCGGCGGCCAAAAAGAAACUUGCUGAGCAAGACAUGAACAAGCACCUUGAAGGAGAAGCAGGACUGAACUCAGGUCAGCGGGUUGUGUGGCAGGAUUCAUACUCACCGCUGCUGGGCCUGAUGGGAUCCGAGGGGAGCGGCGAGCGAGGCCAGCGUGACGAAUCGGGGCAGCCGGGAGCUUUGCAGGAUCUCUGGUCAGAGAGAGCGGAGGACCACCAGCAGCCAGUGGCUAGUCAGUCACUCAUUGAACAACAGACUGAUUCCAAUCAGGCCAGCAGGGAUCGCCUGAGGAUGGAGAUGCUGGAGGUGUGAUGAAGCAGGCCUGCUCUCGCCAGAGGACCAUGAUGUUCAAAAGCUGGCUCGCUCCCCUGGCCGUGGUCUUAACACAAAAGAAAAAAAAAGAGAAAAAAAAAAAGAGUGUUCAUAAUGACAGCAGAUGUGAUUGUAGCUGGACCGUUGGACUCUGACUGUAACUGUGAAUACCCCCCACCCCUCCUUCUCCUCCUCUUCCUCCUCCUACUUCUCCUCCUCCUCCUCCGCCUCCUCCUCUUCUUCUUCCAUCUGCCAUCACUUCCUGCCAUCGUCAAAAGAAAGAACUUCUCACCUUUGAGUCCUGUGAUGUUUAAGCCUUUCAUGCUUCUUUGUGGUUGUGUGGGGAGGGUGCACAAUGAGGUCAGUACGAGGGAUCAAAGACAAGAAAGAGAAAAGACGCACACUGACUGGAAAACUGACUUGAAUGAGCGAAGAUAGGGUAGGAUAGGGCCGAGAGAUAUUGUUCUGGGGUCAGAGGGAGAAAUAUAUAUAUAUGAUUGAAACUGCACUAUAAAAGAGGGUUUGUACUGACUGGACAAACAAAUGAUGUGUCAAGGAUAUGUUAUUGUUGGCUUUGUGAUAUUUUUUACUUUUUUAGCAACCAGUACUUCAGCACUGCCUUGAAUUUUACUUUUUUUUCUCCUUUAUUUGGUUUUUCAAUUCUAUUUACUCUUCUAUAGUCACUGUAAGUCCAGAUGCAAUCAAACAUGUUUUAUUUAGAUCUGUAUAAAUGUUGGUGAUCACUUUUGCAGUUCAGCUACACGCAAGAGACUAUAUACAAUGCACUAAUGAAGACAGCAAUGCUAAAAAAAAAAAAAAGAAUCACACUGCUCCACAGUAAAGGUAUUGACUGCUCCGUCAAGAUCAAUACACUACACUGCCCUGCAAACUGAACAGAGAGAAGCCUGUCACGCUAACGUUGCCUUACUCAGCUCUGUCCAUGUGUUUAUAUGACCUGUCUGUCCAUCACCUUGCUUUCCAGCUACUGUGCUGUCCAGAAGAGAAGAAGAAAAAAGAAAAAAAAAGAUAAAACAUGCCAGUGCAUUGAUGGUCACUGUUGGUCUAUAUCUGUGAAACAACUUGUGCUGCUUUCUGUACACUUGGAGAUGUUUAACUUUAAGCUGUAAUUGUAUCAAAUAUUGUUACUGGCAAAAUGUUGUUUAAAGCAAAAUUAUCAAUUUGAUCCCUAGACACUGACAGAGUGAGAUAUUGUGCUAGCUAGAGAGCCAAAUGAGGAGAUCUUUGCUCUCCUCUGAAUUUUCUUGUUUAUAUGAACAUACAGUCACUACAUGAAUCCUACUAAGCUGCAUCUUUGUCAAGCUGCUAAUAGCUAAGAACGGUGCUAUACCAUCCAAAGUGAAAUUGGAGGUUGAUCUCCUACCAGCAGUGUAUGCACUUGUGUCGAAUGUUACAAAUUUAUUUUGGUUUGAGAUAAAUGGAAUCUGGACUUACGGUGUUAUGAUGACUUAAACUUUUAUGAAAUAGUCUGAUCAUAAAGCACUGUUGUAUCAUCCUUUCUACACUUCUGAAUCUUUACAGAAUAAACUGAAUACUCACCAAGCA